AUGGCAUCUUUUACUACAAGUACAUCAUUACCUUCGAAUGAGAGUAAAAUGUUUCCAGAUAACAUUGUAAAUUUAAAUUUUCCAUCAUUUUUACCUUAUUCAUCAACAUUUGCAUUAUUUAAUGAACUUAAAACAAAACUUAAACAUAACUCUCAUAUUAUACAAAAUAAUAAUUUACAAUCAACUGAGAUCAAUCGUUCAUUAUCUCAAGAAGUUUAUAAAGACAAUAUAUCUUUAUGUUCAAAUUCUAUGAUCAAUAGUUCUAGUAAUUGUUAUGUCGAUUUUGAUGAUACCCAAACAAUAACUCCAAAUAAUGAUCAUAAUAAUAAUGAAAGUAAAGAUCCUAAUGAUAACAUUGAAGAGUUUUCAUUGAAACUUGAAAAUUUUGGUAAUAUUUUUAAAACUUCAUUCAUUCCUCCAUAUUAUUCUAUACAGAAAAAUAAUCAUUUAACAUAUCAACAUAAUUCUCUAUUACUUAAAAAUAAUCAAUAUCCAUUACAUAUUAAUAAUAAACAAUCAAAUCAUUAUCAUUCUAGAUCUUUAUCAGAAAAUUCAUCAAUAAAAUUAGAAACAGGGAACAAUAGUGAUAGCAUAGUAACUAAAAAGAAUAAUAUAAAUACACAAAUCUUACAUCAUAAUGAUGAUCUAUCUAAUGAAAGAAUAAUAAAUGAUCAUGAGAAUACAAUCAAACUAAAAAUGAAAUCAUCCAUAUCAACAACUAUGAUCGAAGAUAAAAUAACUAAUAAAGAAUUAAUCAAUAAAUCUAUAAAUCAAUUAUGUUUAUCAAAUCAAAAUAAUCAUAAAUUCAUUGAAUUCAAUAAUACAAUGAAUAAUAGUCAUAAUGAUGAUAUCAAUGAACAAUUAAAACGUUAUCGUACUAGUUAUACACAAAAACAAAUUGAAUUAUUAGAAAAAACUUAUCAAUUAGAUCGUUAUAUUAAUCGACCACAAAGAGCUAAAUUAUCGGUUGAAUUAGAUUUACCAGAGAAUAAAAUUAAAGUUUGGUUUCAAAACCGGCGAAUGAAAGAAAAACGUCAAGCUCUAAUGCUGCCAACUGUUGCAGGUAAAGAUCCUUAUUUAAGAGAAACUCUUCUAAAAGUUACACAACUAUAUUGUGCAACACGAUAUGGAAAUGAAUCUCCUAAUAUAGAUAUCACAAAAUUUCAAUCAAAAGUUUCACAAAAUAGAAAUGUUUCUAAUGAACUACGUAAACGAAUAAGAACAUCAUCGAAUCCAACCACAAUAACAUCUGUAUUAUCUAAUAAAAACAAUCAUAAUAAUUGUAAAUCAAACAAACCAUGGGAAAAAGAAUCCAAUAUCAUAACUAACAAACAUAAUAUAAUUCAUAAAGAGAAUGAGGUUAAUCAAUCAAAUAUAUACCUUAGUAAAUCUAUGCUAAAUAUUACAAAUGAGCAAGUUAUAUCAAAAAAGCCUAAAAACGAGAUUGUUACUUUAGAUAGUUCUUAUGAAACCAUUAAAUCGAAAUAUCAGAAUCAUACACAAUUUUCUAAUGAUAAUAUUAUUGAUAAAAAUUGUGAUAUGAAUAAAUGGACAAUCAUUUCUAAUCCUUUAAAUCUUUCAACUUCAUCAGUUAGUAGUAAUGAAAGUCAUUCAUUAUUUGAAGAUCAAUUGAUUCAAACUAAACAAAAUAUAUCUAAUCUAUUUUCAACAUUUCCAUUCAUUCAUAAUACAUCUUCAAUGAUAUUAGAUGAACAGAAUGAAUCAAUUAUCUCAUCUACAAUAUCACAAAUGAAUUCAUUCUAA